AUGGCCCCCUCUCUUCUCUCUGUUACCACAUCCUUUCGACCAGAUCAACCCAAAAAGAAGAUGAGCAUCACUCAGACUUACUACCUGGCCCACACCGCCCGCAGCAAGCUCUCCAAGGAGGCUGCCCGAUCCGAUCAUGACUUGCGUCUUCUUGUUGGCCACGCCAACUUGCUUGACUCGUUGAUGCUCGACUUGGCCAAUGCCGAACGCGAACAGGAACAAUGGUUCAACAACACCGUUCGCAAUGCCACAAAGAAGGCCCAGCCUUCUCACAUUCGAUGGGCAGACACCAUCGAGGAGGAGUCCAUGGAGGACUACUCCGAGGAAGAAGAUGACUCCGAUUUGAGUGACGAUGAUUACUCGGAUUAUGAUGAGGAGGGAGACGAGGAGAAGUUUGAGGAUCUUACUGCCCGUUACACUGCUGCUGCGGUAGCAAAGCCAUUUCACCGAGCCCCUUCUCCACCUGCCCUUAUCUCGUUGGACGAGUUGUCUUCCGAUGAGGAAGACGAGGAAGAAGAAGAAGAAGAAGAAGAGGAGGAGGAAGAGGAAGUCGCUCGCCUCACAUUAACCCGCUCUCCUUCCCGACAACACUCUCCUCCCGCCCAAUCGCCGCCCGAAUUACUCGACGACCUCUCGUCGGACGAGGAAGAUUCUAUGCCACCAUCACCUGAACAACUCACCAUGGACGCCUUUACCUCCUCCACACAAAAACACCCCGCCAAGCGGGACAACACUCUGCUCACAGAUACAGAGUCGCAAUCAAUGUUUGCAGAACAUGGAUUCAUUCAUCACCAAGGCACAAUGAUUCCCGCCUACUGA